CGCAACCCUGUGAAGGAGGCAGUUAUUUGCCAAUGUGUUGAUGUACCUCACUGUCUAUCCAAUGCUACCGCUUGAUUCAUGGCUCUUUGUGGCGUUCCGCUUGGUUCUCGGAGGUGUGCUUGGGACUAUUCUAACAUGGGGGCACGUUGGCUCUCAUCAGCUCAGUAGACGCUCGGGGUUAUACCAGCAUGCUGGUGCUCGUUGGUGAGUGAUGGUGUUGUUGUGGUCGGUGUGUCGUG